UCAGUGGGACACCAGGGAAGCGUUGAGUACACUGCGCAACAAGCACACUGAAGCUGCAGGCUGUAACAGGCUCACGCAGGUACAAUCAUUAUGGCCGUCGGAACGAAGACUGUGGUCAUAGUCCUUGUUGGUGGCGCCUUGCUUGCUGCCGUAAUUCUAUAUAGUGCUCAGGAUAGGAUUGGAGAAACAGGAAAUACCAUCAUGCAGAUGAUUUCAAGUAAAGCGAAAGACAAUCAGAUGCACCCUAAUGAUGACAAGGAAUUUUUAAAGAUUACGGAGUGGUGGCAGGCUUCUUCCAUCUUGAAGUGGGACUGGGAGAAACCCCCGGAGUACACGUGCAGUAAGAUUGAGAAGAGGGGCAACUGGUACAUAUGUAACGACACAACUUUUGAGGUCAAGCCGCCAUGUCUUGUCUAUUCCUUUGGGAUUUGGACUGACUGGUCGUUUGAUGAUGCAAUGGGAGCUAUUGGCUGUGAAGUUCAUUCUUUUGACCCAAGUAUUGGAAAGAAGUCCUUCAACAGAAGCAACAACGUCCACUUCCAUGACCUGGGCCUCUCGGGGAAUGACAGGGACACGUAUGUUCCUACUAAGGACAUAUACGUCAAAGAGACAACCACAUGGAAGAUCAGACGCCUCAAGACUAUCAUGGAGAUGCUUGGACAUACAAAUAGACACCUUGAUGUUCUGAAAAUUGACAUUGAAACAAGUGAAUGGCCGGCAGUGAAGGACAUGGCGGCAUCUGUAAUGUUCUCCAAAGUCAAACAGUUUGCUGUUGAGUGGCAUCUGUUUCCAACAUAUCCAAGCAGAUCGGAAUACGUUGGCAUUUAUACAGGUGUCAUGGCCAUGAAGAAGCAAGGAUUACGAACAUUUAGAGCCGAUUUUCACAAUAGAAAUUAUGCAGAAAAGACGUUCCGUUUCCAGGCAGAUGUCAACUACGUUAAUACAUUAUAUAAAGGCAUGUAACACUGUACUGUAUUUGAAUGUCACAUCCCUUUCUCAUAUGCAUAUGUUUUAGCUACAGCUUACUGAAUUCGCUAUCAGGAGUAUUAGUUCAAACGUUCCUGUUAUAGAGUACAUUUGAUGAAAUAAUAUCAAAUAAUACCCCCCCCAACACACACACACACACGUGCAUGCACGUCGUUAUAUAAGUGCAAUGAUCUUGGACGCGACGUUAAAACCAAUGUCGCCUCACCCCAUAAACUGACUAUAUAUUCAGAACUUAAUAAAUGACACAGCUAUGUUGAAUAGCAAUCGCAUUGAAAUCUUUUUAGAGAUAUUUGUACUUUUGAGAUACAAUUUCAUCAAAAUGAAACGUGUACAUUAUUAUCUGUUAAAUCUGUAAGACCCUUAUCACAUACCUAGCUUUGCCUUGUUGACAAACUCCCUGAUGUCCAUUGGCCGGGAGUCGGAGGAGGCUUUGACUUGGGCUGGCACCAUUCGGAAAUCUAUUUAUGAGGCAACGUCAAAUUGCUGGUAACGUGUCGCUAAGCUGAACACGAUAUUCGAGUUUUAUUUCACCAAGCAUACAGCAGCGGACAUGUGCAGAUACGAGUAUGCCCAUUUCUUCUUAUCUAUCAUAAUGUUAGGUCUUUGAAAGGCAUCUAGAAGAGAUUCACAUAAGGAAGAGAAUAUAUGGAUGUCAACUUCUUUAUUAGGAAUAAAAGAAGUGCUAGUCGAAAUGCAUUGUGGGUCAAUUACCCAAGGCACUGUGGGUAGUAUUGUUUGAUAGAUUAAUAUGUUAGUGAUAAAGCAUAAUGUUAAUGGGCCAUAUUAAUUGCGGUGCUUGCUUGACACGUGGUAGUUACGCUGAACCUGUGGACUGUGGUAAGAUAGCCUCAGAGAGCAUGGUAAUGAAAAUAUACACACGGUGGAGACCUGUGCAAACACUAAGUUGAAAGCCAGCAUGGUGCACGGAAAGUAACUGUGGCUUGAAGAUUUAUGGAUGUUAAAAAACGGAGAUAGCCUAUACGUGCCGGAAGGAGGACUGAUUGUCGCUGACCCUGGGGCUAAGUAACACGCCGGGUACUUAAAGAUUUCUUUCUUCUUCUUUUUUUGGGGGGGUGGGGGGAGAAUGUUUUGAGGCCCAGGAGAAUGAAUGUUAAUACUGACUGAAUGUCCCCCCUUCUCUCCAUUUAAUUGAGGUAGGACCUUUUCAGCUGGUAUGAAUAACUAAAACAUGGUCAGUAACUGAA